AUGCAACACAUACGGGGAAAUUUCUUUACAUCUCUGUGUUUACGUUGAUGAAAUGAUCACUUCUAAAACAUUCCUGGGAAGUCACAAUGUUCUAUCACCGGGAACACGAGUCCAUGUUGUUCUCAAAGUGGCUACCUGGUGUUGGGGACUCCUGAUGGAGAACAAGCGCCUACUCGACUUGAGGUGGAGCGCGCUAGACCCUUCUACUGGGAGAAUUAAACACUACACCAGGAAACAAAGCUCCGACUGUGAGCGUAAAUCGGCCAAAAACAGCCACCGAUGAUAAAACGCAUCACUAAUACAAACCCCAAUAUUGCCCGGCUCUGACCGCGUUUCGUGAUGAAGCAAAGACGUCUACAUUUGGGUUUUGUUGCCUCUCGGAUGGAUACAAACAACAGUUGGGACUGAAAAGGUCACUUGACAGAAAAAAAAAAAAAAAAAACAAAGCCACAAAUGGAACGAAAGUGAAAAAAAAAAAAAAAUCACGUUUGAAAAUUGCAAUCCCCUUCCUGACAGUUAUCGGAACGUGAAGAAAAAUGCAUUUGUCCAUCUUCGGAUCAAGAUAAUUCUCAAACGUCAACUACAUGAAAUCCAAAUAGCCCGACCGCCACAUGGAUUUAUUCUCAAUGCAAUGAAAUGCAAAGAAAUGAAAGGACAGAUCCAAAAAUAAAGCAACUGUCAAUCUGCAAAGGUUUACAAAUCCAUUUCUAAAUGUUUGGGAUUCCAGUAAACUACGGUAAGAACCAUUAUCCACAAAAAGAGAAAACACAGAACAGUGGUGAACCAUCAAUUAUGGAAGUUAAACUUUAAACACUAUCAUACAGCAAAUUAUUCACGUGCUGCGUCAUUCUCUCCAGGAUGCGCUGCAGGAAAAACAUUUUUUUCUUCUUUACAGUAAUCACAAGUGCUCACUAUGCCAUUUGUACAGUAAGCUAAUAUCGAGAUCGUGCACGUGACGUCGCCGUUUUUACGCCGCCGUAUUGCCGGUCAAACAAAGUUUCUCGGCAGUGCGGGAGUCAUUGAACCGGAGCAGAUUUUUCACAAUGCCCGAGACCUGUUGUGCUGCCGUUGGUUGUCGCAACGGACGAGACGAGAUAUUCAAAGAGAUCAUUCCAUGGAAUACAAGCUGAAAAGAUCGACGGAUUUUGGCAAUUAAAGGGGAUGGAUGGUGCCCAACCAAAUACACACACGCCUGUGUAGCAAUCAUUUCAUUUCAGGUAGGAAUUAUUCUUCUCAAUCUCAAAUUAGCACAAAGUAUUUAUAAUACCAAAUUGACCCUUUUGAGAACAGUGAGUUUUUUUUUUUUUGUUUUAAAAGACUGUCGCAGAGGUUUACGGAGGAUAACGUGUGGCCACAAUACGCUUCCGUGUACGGAGGAGACGACUCCCUGUCCUAAAUUUUUUUUUGCAAUCAUAGUUAAUGAAUGCAUUUUUGUGUAAAACCAGGGGUUAUUUAUUGAAAUAUUGGUAUUUGUAUUGAAAGAAUUUGAGUGGUUCCAUCACUAUGUGGGAUUUAUUCCUGAUUGAGAACAGAUCCAGCAACGAAGUAUUUGAAUGCGUUCAGACUUUUCCGCGUAAAUGUCGAUGACUUACUGACCAGAUCCGUGUGUAGAUCCAGUUGUCCAAGACUACCGGAAGCACAUUUCUUAUCGGCGAAAACAUACAACUUCGGCAUUAAAUACGUAUCGUCCAUGUGUCUCUCCUUUUUCCAUGUACCUUCGUUUAAUAAAAACGUUUUAUUUUAUUUUUUUUUAAACUUUUUAUUUUAUUCAUUUAUUCUAAACCUUUAACCGUAUUGGACAAAACUCUGAGUGUCCUGCUAGAAGACAAUAUUUUUGUUUCGUCGCUACGGAAUGAACUUUCAACACUGCUUUGUUUGACCGGCAAUAUGGCGAUGCCACGGGAUUUUAUGACGUAAGUGCGCGAGCUCUAUAGGAUGUGUUGCUUUCGUCAUUUUUUUUUCCCCAACUCCAGACAAUUUUUGUGUGUGUCCAAUAUGCCUCUUUCAACAUUUUGGCUUGCAGACCCCUGGGUUUGUGUUUCGAGUUAGGAUUUCAAACCCGGGUUGGAUUUUUAAAUAGGGUUUUGGUUUCAUAGCAUGCGUUCUAAUUGGGCUUCAAAAUAGGUGUUUGGGAUUUUACAGUUGUGUUUUCAAGUCAUGGUUUCAAGCCCGCUUUGGGAUUUUAAAAAUUGAUUUUGCGUUUCAAAUGACAGUUUCCAAUUCGGGUGUUUCAAAUGAGUGCUCAAAGUGGGGUCUCGAGUCAGUGAGGUGUAGUUCGCGAUCCCUUUCGUGAAAGUGGGCCGCCUUAAAGGGCAUGAGGUCCAAAACGAGACCCACGUGCCUCAAGUUGGGGCGACUUUCUUCUUCAGUCCGCAGCUGUACCGCCAGACGGGGGCCAAGCGGGUCGGCACAUCUCCGCUCGCACCUCGUAGCGGUCUCGUCGGAGGCACGGAGCGCUUGGAAAAUGAGGCCGUCGCCAGCUCACAAGAGCUCCCCGGCGUCCAGUUCAAGUCAUCGGCCGGCGGCUCUCGGGUGGCCGGCGCUGUAGGAAAAUGCGGCGGGCCACAGUGGCGGCGCUGGUCGGCCUAGCUGAGCGCGGCUGCUCGCCUGCGCCGCGCCCGUUUCCGCUCUAGUGCUUUCUUUCUUUCUUUCUUUCUUUCUUUUUUUUGGGGGGUGGGGGGGAAGGGUCGGGGUGAAUUAUUAUCGCGCCCGUUAUUGUUUCCUGGUCAAGACUUUCCUGAGGGGCUCGCCUGGACUGAAAAUGGCCGGAGAUGGCGGCGCUCUGAAGGAUAUCAAUGAGAUUAAAUCGCAGUUCCGGACCAGAGAGGGCUUCUACAAGCUGCUCACCCUGUCCGACUCUCAGCAGCGGGGCGGGCUGCCGAGGGGUCCCGCCGCCGGAUCCACUCUGGGCCCGGCGACUGGAAGCGGCCAGAUACCCGGCGGAGGGGUCGGGCUGCUCCAGGGGCCCGGUGCCGCGGCCGCCGCUGCCGCCGCCGCGGCCGCGGUCGUCGCCUCUUCGUCGAAUGCCGCAGCCAACUCCUCCCCGGCGGGUUUCCUCCCCCCGGUGCGGGUGUCCAUGGUCAAGCUCCAACCCGAAGACCCGGGGGACGAGUCGGAGCGGGUGUGCUUCAACAUCGGCAGGGAGCUUUAUUUCUACACGUACACUAACAUUAAAAAGGCGGUGGACCUGAGCAAGCCCAUUGACAAGAGGAUUUACAAGGGCACGCAGCCUACGUGUCACGACUUCAACCAGUACUCGGCGUCAGCCGACAGCGUGGCGCUCAUUGUGGGCUUCUCGGCCGGACAAGUGCAGUACCUGGACCCCAUCAAGAAGGAGACCAGCAAGCUCUUCAACGAGGAGCGUCUGAUUGACAAAUCCAAGGUGACGUGUCUGAAAUGGCUCCCCAAGUCUGAGAACCUGUUCCUCGCCUCUCACGCCAGCGGCCACUUGUACCUCUACAAUGUGGAGCACUCGUGCGGCACCGCCGCGCCUCAGUACUCCCUUCUGCGCCAGGGCGAAGGCUUCGCCGUGUACGCCUGCAAGACCAAGACACCCCGAAACCCUCUGCUGCGCUGGGCCGUGGGCGAGGGCGGCCUCAACGAGUUCUCCUUCUCACCGGACGGGGUCCACGUGGCCUGCGUGGGCCAGGACGGCUGCCUGCGGGUCUUCCACUUUGAUUCGAUGGAGCUCCAGGGUGUGAUGCGGAGUUACUUUGGAGGGCUUUUGUGCGUUUCCUGGAGUCCAGAUGGGAAGUACCUGGCCACGGGCGGCGAGGACGACCUGGUCACCGUCUGGUCCUUCGCCGAGAGCCGGGUGGUGGCCCGCGGUCACGGACACAAGUCCUGGGUCAACGUGGUGGCCUUCGACCCCUUCACCACCUCGCUGGAGGACGAGGAGCCCAUGGAGCUCAGUGGGAGUGAGGAGGACCUCCACCAGGGUGGGGCGCCCAACAAUACAGCCCAGCACUUCGGGCGGGUGCGCACCAGCAGCACCCUGUCGAGGCUCUCCCGGCACAGCUCCAAGGGCGGCAGCUCGGCGGCCGUCACCUACCGCUUCGGAUCUGUGGGGCAAGACACCCAAUUCUGUUUGUGGGACCUCACAGACGACGUUCUGUACCCUCGGCUGCCGCUUUCCCGCGCCUUCACCAACACCUUUGGACCUACGAUGCCCAACUCCGGGGUUGGCGGCGUGGAGGGUCACCACCAUCCGCCCGUUGUGGGCACUUCCAACCCACCCGCGCUGCCUCUCUCGCUCCCCCGCUCCCUGUCUCGCUCGAAUUCGCUCCCCCACCCGGCAGUUGCGAACACCUCCAAGAGCCAGGGCACCACAGAGGGCGGCGCUGGCGGAACAGUCAGCGGAGCUGGGACCGCGGGCGGCGGCCCGGGUAGCGCCGCGCCGUUCAGCAUCGGCCGCUUCGCUACGCUUUCCCUCCAGGAGCGCAAGUUGGACAAGUCGGCGGUGGGGGGUGGGGUGGAGAAAGAACACAAGCGCUACCACAGCCUGGGCAACAUCAGCAAGAGUAACGAUAAGAUCAACGUGGCGCCGCGGGGCAGCGGGCGCCUGGACGCCGCCAAGGUGCUGGGCACCACGCUCUGCCCUCGCAUGCACGAGGUGCCGCUGCUGGAGCCGCUGGUGUGCAAAAAGAUCGCCCACGAGAGACUCACCGUGCUGGUCUUCAUGGACGACUGCAUCAUCACGGCGUGCCAGGAGGGCCUAAUCUGCACAUGGGCCAGACCUGGCAAGGCGAAUUUGACGGCACAGAACGGGAACUCUCCGAGCGGCACGGUGGUAUAGCUAAACGGAGGGCGCCAAGCAUCAAGACCGGAGGACCUCGCCGCCGCAGUAUUAUCGUCCGCUCAUCUCGCAGAAGCCACGGCCAGCUGAAUUUAAUUUAUUUUAUCAUGACUGUGUAGUAAUUUAUACUGUAAAUAGUCAAAAGUAACUCCAACGGCGAGGAAGCAAAUGAACACGUCGUAAGCGGCAACACGCUGAAUGUCUUUUCGGGAGUUUAUGAGUUCAAGACGGCGCCGUCCGUGUCUUCGGUCGGCCCACGCCCGACGCGCCUCGACGGGCUCCGAAAGACGUCCCGAGCGACGGGACCGCACGCACAAAAUGUACACGGUCGCCGGCGCUGUAGCAUCAUGCGUAUGUCACGCUCAUUUGUGUUGCACCGACGAUCGGCGGCUACUCAUUGGAAAGAGAAAAAACAAUCGUACUAGGAGGAAAAAAACAUUUUUUUUUUUUUUUUGGAGAGG